AUGGUGCGCGACAGACCAUAUGAUUACCUCCAUUGCAUGCCUUUCACCGGCUACCGCAACCUCAACAGCCUUCCCGCCUACGACCAUGGUCCCAGACGCGAGUACUCUCACCAGAUGGGCGGGAAUGUCUUCUAUGGUAGACAAUUCGAAAAUCGAGACCCGGGAUAUUCGUACAACGGGGAGGAAGGGUCUCGGGGAAGGGUUGCGCCAUACAACCUGGGACAGGCUCGCGGAAUAGUGCGGGGCAGGAGACGCUUCACUAUUGCAUUGAUAAGUAAUGAACAUGAGGGAAUUGAGGUGUUCCAGCACGUGUGA